GGUUCACUGGGGUUCGCGGCUUGCAGCCGAGCGCCUUUGUCCGGUGGAGCCCGCCGCGGUGCGCUGGCCAGCAACUUGUGUGUCCUAACUCUUUGUAACACUGUUUCUCCUAAAAGGGAUCGAUCAACCUGCUUCGUAUCGGGUGAACAUGGACCACAUAGAGGCCUUUGACGAUAAAUUAAAUACAUUUUUGGAAUAUCUGUUUGGGAAAAGAGACUCCCGGGUGAGAGGAUGGCUCCUGCUGGAUUCCUGCCUUCCCACUCUGUCCUUCACUGCCCUAUACCUCCUCUUAAUUUACUUUGGACAAAUAUAUAUGAAGAACAGGACAGCAUACUCCCUGAAAAAAGUCUUACUCGUAUAUAACUUUGCGGUGACCAUGCUGUCCUUCUACAUGCUCAUUGAGCUGAUCUUGUCCACUUGGACAGCAGGUUACCGGCUGCAAUGUCAGAACCUGACCAGCGCUGGAGAUGGGGAUAUCAGGGUCGCUAAAGUACUGUGGUGGUACUACUUCUCCAAACUCAUUGAGUUCCUGGACACAGUGUUCUUUGUUCUGAGGAAGAAGAACAACCAGAUCACAUUCCUGCAUGUAUAUCAUCAUGCUUCCAUGUUCAACAUCUGGUGGUGUGUUCUCAAUUGGAUACCUUGUGGCCAAAGCUUCUUUGGACCACUGCUGAACAGCUUCAUUCAUGUACUGAUGUACUCCUACUAUGGGUUGUCCACCAUUCCAUCCAUGCACAAAUACCUGUGGUGGAAGAAGUACCUGACUCAGGCUCAGCUGGUUCAGUUCCUGAUGACCAUCACCCACACGCUCAGCGCUGCCGUCUAUCCCUGCGGAUUCCCCCUCGGCUGCCUCCUGUUCCAGUCGUCUUAUAUGAUGACUCUGGUCAUUCUUUUUGUGAAUUUUUAUAUUCAGACGUACAGAAAACGGCGACCAACAGUGGACGGGAAGGAUCAGAGAGAAGUCCAGAACAAUUAUGCAAAUGGAUAUUCUGCCAUCAAUGGGGCAAGUUCAAAGCAGAAACGGCAGUAGAUUGGAUAGGUCAGGAUGGGAGGGGGCGAAUUAAGGUAACACAAUCCAAGGCUGGACUAAGACAUUUCAGUAAAGCAGUGGUACAAUCUCUGUACUGAGGUUUAUAUAGAAUUCUUUGUACUUCCUUUUAUAUAUUGUGCUAUUUUUUUUUUUAACUCAUAUGUGAUGCUGUAUGCACCACAGUGCGGUUUCCAUCGUUUCAUGCACCAUCUAGAACCAUUGCUCUGUAUCAGUUUACAUUUAGGUGGAACAUGCACAGGCAAAAUGCUUGAAGGAACAUUUUUAUUACGCAGCAGGUCUUUUUUUAAAUACCACCUUUUAAAGCUGCUGUCUAUGAACAAGACAAGCAAUAGCAGGUGUGUGUGACCAGUAGGAGGCAAACUAUGCCAGCAGUCAUUCAAAUCAAAAUGCCUUAAAUCACAGCCCCUUCUGGUGAAUUACACUUACACUUUGUUGACUUAGAUUACUGGUGCAGACCACGUGGAGGUAAAUUCAUUUAACUAAAUUAUUUUAGAAAACAAAUUUAAAAAUGUUUGUGUCUUACACUGAGUUUAUACAUGGUCAGUUUAGGAAAGUGAUAUGUAUACAGGUGGCUGUAAAACAGUACAGGAAGAAAUAAAACAUAAGAUACAUGGAA